AAAACAGGGAAUUGUGUUGGUGAUACAAGUAGACCAAUCAACGAAAUCCAACGAAUAUUCAAUGAGAGCAUCGUAAUAUGGAAGAUUUUGAGAGUGUUUUCGAAAUUUUUAAAUGUUCUAUCACUAGUGAUUCCAUGUUAUAACGUUUGCUCGUUUGGUGAAAAUACGGCGAAUUUCGUAGUUUUUGUGCAGAUUAACCUAAGCUAUCAUAAUGGCAACAACCAACGGGAACGGGCACAACGUGAGCCACAACGGAUCGGAGGAAAUGAGGGACCCCGAAACGUACCCUGAGCCACACCUCGAAUAUGUGGACGAUAUCCACAAGGCAAACACCCUCCAGUCGUUGAACAUGAUGCGGAAAAACCGGCAAUUCUGUGACGUUAUUCUUCAUGUUGAAAAUGUUGAGGUACAUGCUCACAAAGCAGUUCUGGCUAGUGCAUCUCCUUACUUAUUUGAACUGUUCACCAACCACGAAUUGAAGAGGUCAGAGAAUUGCAUAACAUACAAACUUAAUGGAGGUUUUGACAAAAAUGCAUUGGAAAUUUUGGUUGAUUAUGCCUACACUGCAAAACUGGAAGUACAUUACAAACAGGUCAAGUCGGUAUUUCUGGCAGCUAACCAGCUCAAAAUGGAGAGGGUGUCAAAAAUUUGUGCUCAGCAUCUCAUCAAACACUUGAAUGUUGACAACUGUAUAGAGAUAAGAUCACUACCUGGAAUAGCAAGAAAUAAGGAAUUCAUGCAGCAUAUUGAUGCUUUCAUAGCAAAAGAAUUCACUCAAGUUAGUAAACUGAACAAUAUUCUCAACCUUCAUUGCAUACAAAUUGAAAUAUUGAGUCAGUCAAAGGAGGAAAUGUCGAUGGUGAACCCCAAUUCGCUAUUCAGAUUGAUUUUAACCUGGAUUCAGAAGCAAAUUACUGAAGAAUCUCUCAACAUGGCUUCACUUCUUGAAAAACCAUUCAUGUUGUAUAUUGCAAUAGACAAUUCUUUGCAAGACUGUUCCAUAAUGCCAGCUGGCGAUAUCAGCAAUACUGAAAUUGUACAAGAUUAUAGAAAGAAAUCCCUCAAAGACCCUCAACCGAAUUCUAAGAACAAACGUAAAAUCUUAAGUCAACCGUCCAAGCCCAGAGUGUUGAUCUGUAAAAGAGAAAUUGGUAUCGAAGAAGAAAAUGAAUUUGAACCAGAUUGGAAUCUUAUUGCCGCAGAUCAAGUUGGAGAUCAUAGUUAUCUAGGUUUAGUUACAAUUGGAGGAAGACUCACCACCAUAUCCUUAAUGUUAAGACUGAAUGUACCCUCUACCCCAUCUCCAGUUACCACACCAAUAUCAAGUCGGCCAGGCAGCGAAGAAAAACCAGAUUUUUAUUGUGGUGUGGCAAAUAUGUCUUCUCAAAGAUGCGCUUUUGGAUGCGGUAAUGUCAAUAACACCUUAUUUGUUUGUGGUGGCUAUGACAGAACAGAAUGCUUACGUACAGUUGAACAAUAUAUCCCAGAGACCAAUAUCUGGAAACAGCUUCCAACGAUGAGAGAAAGUAGAGGAAGAUUUAAGAUUGCAGUGUUAAAUGAUAAGGUGUAUGCCUUAGGAGGUAGUAACGGAACUACCGAGCUUGCGUCUGUUGAAAUGCUGGACCUAUCUAUUGGUAAAUGGGUGGUGAUGCCCCCUUUGCCUUUAGCCAGAAGUAAUUCAGGCGUAUGCACCCUGAACAAUUUAAUUUACUUUAUUGGAGGAUGGAAUGGUCAAGUCGGUAUCAAACAAUGUGAUGUGUUCAAUCCGGAAACCUCCACAUGGGGAUCUAUUGCUCCUUUACAUACAGGUAGAUACCAAGCUGCAGUGACAGCUUAUAACAAUCAAGUGUUUGCUAUCGGUGGUUGCGAUGCUUGGAACUGCCUAAACUCUGUAGAAGUCUACAGACGGGAUGAGAAUGUCUGGUCAUUCUUCAAACCCAUCAUCACUGCGCGUAGAGGUUGUGGAGUUGCUGUUUUCAACAACAAGAUAUAUGUCGUUGGAGGUUCAGAUGGCACUCAUUCCCUCAAUAGCACAGAGGUAUAUGAUGAAGAAACUCAGACAUGGGUUGUUGGUCCUACCAUGACUACACCAAGAGCUAAUGUAGAAGUAGCAGUUGUAGGAGAUCGAUUAUAUGCAGUGGGUGGAUUUUCUGGUAAGAACUUCCUGAACACCAUUGAAUACUUGGACCUCAAAUCCAAUGAAUGGACCACUUUCAUUCCAAAAUGUUCCUCAGAAAUACUGAUUAUACGUAAAAAACCAAGAAGCAGGAAGAAUUCCCGAAAAAGUAUUUCAGACGAGAAAUCCAAUGUAGCUGAUAAAAAAAAUGUUGAAGAUCUAAGUUUCGACGCAAUCCAGAUCGCAGCGCCAGAAGUCAUUCAAAAUGGAGCAUAAGUUUUUUUUUAAUAUUUCAAAACUAACUGUACAUUGGUUAAUCAAGACGUCAUGAUAGUGUAGGGAAUUAUGUUUUGUAUGAUGAGUAUCCUAGUAAACUUUUCAGGAAAUUGUGGCAAUAUUACCAAUUUUUUAUUGGUGUUUUUUUUUUUCAAAUUGAAUCAAUUUUAAAUAAUGCAUUUAAUUCAAGUGAUAAGGAUUUUUCAGUUAGGUUUUUUAUUUAUCCGCAAUUUCAUAAUCAGUAUUUUAAUCUAAUGAAAUAUACAAAUAAUAUGUAAGUUAAUCUUGAUCAAUGCAAUUGUAUUUGAAUAUGUAAAAUGAAAAAAAAGAUGUAUACUGAAAGUAUCUAUUUUAAAUACUCUUUUUCACAUUGCAAUAAACACGAAAAUUUUGUACAAAUAAUUAGUUGCAGUCAUCUGAAAACUGUAAUAUGAAAGUUUUAUAAAUGUUGAAAGAUAUAAUGAACGUUGACAGUUGAAUAUCUGAUGAAAAUGUAAUGAGUUUGUCGUCUUCUGAUGAUAGGAGGGCCUAUUUUGGUUCAUUUCGAUAUGUUUCAAUCCAAUUUAUAGCUAAAUAAAAUAUUAUUUACAAAGAA